AUGCUUCCAGCACCAGAUCCUCACCGGGCGCUCUUCAUCCCUGAGAUCCUCGAGGCAAUCCUGCUCCAGCUCGUCGGAGAAUAUAGAAUAGGACGGAAAUACUUCUAUGGCGAACAUACUAUCCUACUGUCCCAAAGAGUCUGCCGCUACUGGAACGAUGUGAUCAAAUCAUCCAGUGAAAUUCAAACCGCCUUAUAUUUCAAGCCCAAGAGCUUCAAAUCCGACGAUCCUGAUCCAAGUCACGAAAGCAGCCAGAUGAUCCAAUCAAUCAUAUGGCACCAAAUAUACAAGUACUAUUACCUGAAUAUGCCCCACAAAGAAUCUAAAGCCAGGGAUAACACGCCCGUUCUGGAUAAGAGACAAGAUGCUUUUAUGAGAAAAGAGGCGAGUUGGCGUCGCAUGCUCGUUCAUCAGCCCCCUUGUCCCAAUGUCAUGAGAUUCCUGAAGGAGCUAGUGCUAGGCGCAAGCGCAUUCUCAGAGGCCAAAUUUGAUGGCGCGGAUGAGUUUCUGAGGCUAGGAAACUUCGUGACUGUUAUUCUUGAAGGCAAAAUCACACUAGGAGUGUGGGAUCUGCUAAUUUAUGCCGAUAUCAAGGUUUUGUAUCGUCUUUACAAAUGUGGAAGCUUGAUUUGGAAGGCGGAGUGGUGA